AUGGAGCUGAUGGUCAUGGUGGUGUGGACACUGUGGUAUCGUAGAAAUCAGAUCAAAACAAGGCAUCUGGACUUCCCCACUUCUCAGGUGGUCCCACAAGCUUCACAAACCUUGUCGGACUUCAAACUACACAAUAUCUCACUCCCAUCGCUGCAAGGUGUCGUUGGACAUGUACGGGCUCAAGCUCAGUGGUCUCCACCUCCCAUGGACUGUUUCAAAGUUAAUUUUGAUGGGGCAAUAUUUCUUGAGCUGGGCAAGGCAGGACUGGGUGUAGUAAUCCGAAACUGGCAAGGGAAUGUCAUGGCUUCCCUCUCAGAACAAGCCCCACUUCCUAUCUCUCCCGAUAUCGUCGAAGCCAUGGCUGCUGCUAGGGAAAUCUCAUUUGCUCAGGAGCUUGGCAUCAGACCUUUCAUCCUUGAAGGAGAUUCGGAUGUGGUGAUCAAAACCUUUAUGGCUACAGAAGAUUCUCUCUCUUCAUUCGGUCACAUUAUCUCUUUGGCUAAAUCCACCUUAACCACAAACGAAUGA